AUGGACCAGCAAGAACAGAGUUGCAGAAAGCAUGAUUUCUUCGUGCAAUCCACCAACGAAUUGUUCCUGAGGACGUGUCUGUCCUGCGGAUUUGUUGAAGAGUUCCAGCUAUCACAAACAAAGCAAAGGGUCGAUCCGUGGCAAGGCUGGCUCUCAGCUAAGAUUCGGCGGCUGUCAUGGCCCCCUGGCGUUAAAUACUCUGAAACUGACCCACGAACCCAAACAUAUGUCUAUAGCUACCGCCCAAACAUGCAGACGUCACUUCAGAAUCUGCCUCAAAUAGAUGUGAACCCCUACGUCUACUGUGACCUACCCAAAACCUCCUGUAUUCGGCUAUUGGAACUAUUGUCAGGCUACAGACUCAAUCCUCUCAGAGGCCGUCUAUUCGAGGUCUGUUGGGAGCAAGACAGUUGUCCUUCAUAUUCUGCCUUGUCCUACACCUGGGCAGAUGACAAAGGCGACACCUCACUUUCAAACCUCAUAUUCCUUAAUGAGGAACAAAAGGUUCUACGUAUAACACGCAACUGCGAUCGUGCUUUAAGAAGCCUGCGCCAAAAGAAUAAGUCAGUCUUCAUAUGGGUCGAUUCUAUUUGCAUCAACCAGUCAUCUCCUUCGGAGAGAUCUCACCAGGUUGCGUUGAUGAAAACCAUCUACUCUAAAGCAGCUACUGUUCAUGCCUACGUGGGAGAAAGAGAGAGUGGAGAAGAUUGUACGGGAUUGGAAGCCAUGAGCCUAUUGAGAGAUACCCAAGGCAAUGGAACCUCUGACAUAUUGUUCUCGCCAGAACAUAGCAACAUCGCUAUUCUUAACACCUUCUUCUCAAGGCCGUACUUUACUCGAUUAUGGGUUGUCCAAGAGCUUCUACUUGCUGGAUCUAUUACGAUUCACUGCGGGGAGGUUUCACUCCCAUUCUCCAACGAGUCCAUCUCUCUGUUAUACGAGCAAGGUGUCAAGAUUCCUUCAUGGGUUCAAUAUGCUGGAAAGGUUAAAUCACACACGGAGCGAACCCCUAUGGACUUGAAAGACCUCCUUAUUGCAACGAGUGUCUGCCGCGUGACAGAUCUGCGUGAUAAGGUAUUUGGGUUGCUAGGUCUUGUUAGCGACGUCCAAGGCUCAGACUUGAGUCCUGAUUACGAGUUAAUGUAUAUAAACAACAAUGACCGGAACGGAAAAAGCUAUUAUGGCAUCCCAUGUUGGGUCCCUAUCUGGGAUACAUUCACGCCGCUACAGGGUUUCAAGGACAUCUUUAGACAUAUUCGCCAGAUUGAGCUGGAUCUUAGACACCUCGCUACUGACAACUCACCGCUGGACUGCCAUACGAUACGCACUAUUGAUGGUUGGCCCCAUGAUGAGAACUCGGAGUGCAACAGCAAAGGAAGACGCUGUAAAACAGUGUACUCGGGGUCAGGUUACCUUGCAACUAGCAUCGAGACAGUGUUUCUUAUCCGAUCACUUUCCUCCUCCGUCACAAUUCAGUCGGCACCGAACAGUGGGAUAGAAAACCUCGAGUACGGCACAGCCGUCUGGAAUCUGAAAGACAAUGUUAAAAUUGCAGUUCGGAGCUUCGCAUGGGCGCUUCAGCGUCCCCAUGGCCAUACGGAAAUAAUCCGAGUCGAGGGGUGUACUUCAUUAUUCCUCGCACAACAAUCUCAACAUAAUGAGCUAGAAUAUCGACUGAUCAGUCCGUGUGUUGCAGCUAUAGCCUGCCAAACAAAGAAGUCUAGCCCUGUUGAAGUUCUCAAGUUCGAUGAACUGCAACGCCUCACACAGUUCACACCUCUUACACUGAAUAUGGUCCAGUUCAUAGACAAGUGGAGAAAUAUUGUAUUCACGAUGACAAGAUCAGAUCCGUCAGAAAGAGAACAUGUUUUACCUAUCGGAGACCAAAGCUGCCAUUAUUCAUCUCUGGACAUGUCCAAGACAUACUCUCCAACUUGGAGAAGCUGGGGGCCUUUUCUGGCACCGGAAGCUUGGCAUGCGUCCUCAAGCAAUACAGAACUGCAGAAACAACUGCCGAGCCUGGCUGAGUUUUGGGACAAAGCCCAUCUAUUGCAUACUUGCGUCCGGGACUGGAUCAAGAGUGCCUGGAACGUGGCCAGAUACCGUUUCGCUGUCUUACUUCACAGCCGUCUACAUGACCUGAAAGGAGCACUGAGAGACUGUCUUGAAAAGUCGAAGCAAUUAUCAAAAGCCUUCAGGAAGACUAUUGGGAGCGGCUUCACCGUUCAGAGUACGCGCUUGCUCAAGCAGCUCGAUGAUGCUCUGACCAACCCUGGAGCCGUAGCGGCAGAAAGCACCCUGGGCUGCCAAGGAACGAUAGAGGGUCUCACUGAGGACAUAGAAACUCUCAGUAAAUUUUUACGUGAAGAUCAGUCAUAUUUAGACAAGGCUUUCCCACUAGAGCUAAGAGAUAUAAACCCGGAGUAUAUUACUAUAAAGCAAACCAUGGAAUGGAAAAAGGUACUUACAGGGCUAGUAAGGAUAAAUACAGAGGCAAAGUAUGUAAGUUUUCUUUAG